AUGGCGGCGCCCGCCCAGCCUAUGACGAGCGGGACUCACGCCGCGACACAGCCUCGACAACACGAACCGGUCGCGACCACCUCGACGACGCCGCUGAUCCGUUGCUCGCAGUGCAAGAAGCACAAGCCGCCCUCCGAUUUCCCCCAGCGCAUCACCAACCUCCAGCCUUACCAGGUCUGCCUGACACACAAGUGGUACUGGACGGAAGCGAAGAAGGCGGCGAACUGGGCGCCGAGCGAGGUCAAGGACAUCCAGGAGGUCUGCGACGAGGCUGUUCAGCUUGCGCGAGGCGCGACGGGCGUCCCGGAGAGCUGGCUGGUUGUCGCGAGGCCGGAAGACCGCAGCGCCAUGGUCGAGAGAAUCGCUCGCUCGGGUGGAUGGGUUCACAAGCAGAUUACCGUCCGCGCCCUUGCUCAGACAGACGCCCGCCCUUCGCCGACUUACGCCUACAUCCUCAACCCUAUCUCGCCUUCCGCUCCUCCCGACGCCUACCGUCUCACCUUCUAUCACCACGAGAACGUCGGCAAGUACACGAUUGCGCUUCGUCCCGAAGGCAAGUCGAAGAAGGCGUCCGCUUGGUCACGGCCGGAACGAACCAAGGCGGGCAAGGCGAAGAAGGCCGCUGAAGCCGUCGACAACGGGGACCUGGAACGCCCCGAUGCGGUAGUGAGCGUGCAGUCAGGAUCGGACGCGCCAGCGUCAAUGUCGGACGGCUUUGCCCAGUUCGAGCCGGUCCUUCCCACGCCGCCAGUCGACUUUCAGGUCGUCGGCACGGCCACAGAGGCCGGUCAGCCGCCUCCUCAGCGCGACAAGACGGCUCGCAAGCGGGACCGCGACCGGGAGAUCAUGCCGCCUCCGCCUCUUCCCGCUGCUCGUCCACCCAAGAAGGGCCGUCGCAUCGAACCUGUACUCGUCUCGCCUGCGCCUUCGUCGUCUUCGUCGUCUUCGUGGACAGCUCAGCAGACGGCGUUCUCCGCCGCGCAUGACUGGUCGAGGUUCCUAUCUUUUCCAGCGCAGUACUUGGCGAACGGUGACAUCUCGACUGCGCCCACUACGAACGUUACCAGCUCGUCGCAUCCAUCACAGCACGGCCCCCGCCCCACUUCACAUGUUUCUCCAGCCUCAGCGGCUGCUCCUUCCCCUGCUGCGUACGACCGACCUCUCACGCUGUGGGAGAUGCUCGCAUCCUCUCUCUUCGACCCUCCGAAUAUCGACAGUCCGCUAGCCCAGCCUCUCCGCCCAAUCCACAACCGACGCCAGUCCCCUCCUCGCCUUCGUAGCUCGGCACCCGCACCGACACCUCCCCCUCCGACCGCCGUCAUCAGCCCCGAGUUGACCGCUGCGAUCUCGCGCGCGUUGACCGAGGCGGGAUACUCGACUGGCGGGACAUUCGAGACGCCUGCUGCGCCUGUAGAAGAGGAAGAAGAGUAUGUGGACGAGGCGGAGGAGGGGUACUACGAGGACUCGAUCCCGGAUACUUCGUCUGAGGAAGAGGAGGACGAGGAGGCGGACGCGGCUGAAGCGGCGGAGGGGAGCGUCGUCUCGUCGUUCUUCGAGUCGAGCGCAGAGGAGACGGACUAUGGCAGCGAAGGAGGGGAGGUAGGCGGAGUGGACGAGGAGGAGGACGACUGGCUUGAGGGGUUCGCGGCGCAGCAGAUGGGCUUACAGCGUGCUGGCGCGGGACCUCGAGGGAGUGCAAAGGCAGGACGGCAUGUCGGAAACGGCGGCGAUCGACUGGGCGAGACGGAACGGGUCAGGGUUCCGCAACGCGGGAGUCGCGGGCCGGUCUGCGAGGACGAGGUCGACGAGCUUGACAGCGGCGAUGGCAGUGGGGUCCACGGUUGA